CGAGCGCGUUCUCGGAGCAGCUCGGGCGCCUUCGACGCAUGGAGGCCUCAGGUGGCUGCGGCCUGUGUCAGGCCGAGCGGGCGCCCUACACCUGCCCUCGCUGCCACGUCCGCUUCUGCUCCGUGCCUUGCUACCGGGAGCACGGCUCCUGCGCCCGGGACUUCCAGACGCGAGAGUUGCAACUUCGGCUCCGGGGCCAGCGUGGGGACGCGGGUGCGCGAGGCCGCCUGAGGGAGGCCCUCCUCCGGCUGCAGGAGCUACGCGAGCCCGGGGAUGCGGACCCCGAGCUAGGCCUCGACCCGCAGGCGGACGACCUGUGGGAGCAGCUGAGCCCUCAGCAGCGCCAGAGGUUCCAACAGCUGCUGAGCAGCGGGAAGAUCUCGGGGCUACUGCCCCCCUGGAAGCCCUGGUGGGUCGUGGCCAGCCAGGGGCCACCAAUGGUCCAGCUGCUUGAAACGAAGGGUGCCCAGGACUCACAGCCACAGCAGCAACCGGGAGCCAAACCAGACCUGGAGGCUUCAUCCCAGCCUCCAAAGGAAGAGACGGUCGUGGGGGACCGGAAUCAUCGGCCUCCUGCCCGGGAUUCGAACUCGCUACCCGCCCUGCCUGAGGCGAUCCGCCCAUUGAGCGACCUGGCCAGCGGCCCCGUCUCCCCCCUGGUGCGCUUCCAGCUGCCCAACGUCCUCUACGCCUACACCUACACCCUGUCGCUCUACAACGGAGAGACCGACGAUGCCCAGGUGUUGCCCGAAGUCUGCGAGACCCUCUUGGACCUCUCGGCCGUGCUGGGUGCCCAGCGGGUCUUCUCCUCCACGGGGGAGGCCCUGCAAGCAGCCCUGCAGGCCGUCACGGACGGACAGUACCCGGAGUGCCCCCUGGGGAAGGCCGGGGCGAUGGAGGCGGUGGGCCAUAUUUUAAGAGGGAAGCAGGGCCGGUUCGCCCUGGCGGCCUUCGCCCACCUGGUCCGACUGCUGGGCCAAGGCAAACGCCGAGUCGCCCCCCAGGACCAGCCCAGGAUCUACAAGGCUAAGAAAAAAUGUGAAUUCCUGCUUUCCUGGGCAAAGGAGGAGGAGGAGGAGCUCCCUUCCCUGGCUUUGGAAGUCCAGAGGGAAUACGUAGCCCAUGUGGUCGAGGCCAAGGAAGUGGGCGCCAUCACCCAGGAGCUGGAGAAGAUGUGGGGAGGGAAGGUGCCCCCUUCCAAACAGCCUCUGAUAGAAGAAUUGGACUGAAGCCAAUCCUCCAUACAAAGUUUGUUUCACCCCAACUGCAGCUGCUAUCAAAGACACAUCUCACCCCUUAAAGCGGAGGUCUUCAAACUUGACAGCUUUAAGACUUGGGGACUUCAACUCUCACAUUUCCUCCUCCAGUCAUGUUAGAGUUGAGUCCACAAACUUGCCAAGUUUGAAGACCCUUGCCUUAAAGAGUGAGAUAAAGUGCGCAAUGGAUUUUCCUCCCUGGUUGAAGAAGGGAAGUUUUCUAGUUUCCUGGG